UGCCAGUUUGACAGUAGUGUGAAGAUGGCGGCUUACGGUCGCCCCGAGCUGCAGCUGCUGCUCUUACCGUUAGUGUGUCUCUGCGGUUUUGGCUCCGUUGUCGGUCUGAAAGUCGCAGGCGGCCCGGCUGAGCCGCCCAACGUGCCCGUCCUCGGAGCCGCUGACGCCGUAGUCCAGGAUGCACCUGCUGCCGUCGCCGCUGCUGGGGCCUCGCAGCCUCGAAGGGCGACUGGUUGGAAGCUGUCGGAGGAGGAGGCCUGCCGGGAGGACUUGACCCGGCUCUGCCCCAAACACACCUGGACCAACAACCUGGCCGUGCUUGAGUGCUUGCAGGACCGCAGAGAGGAAACUGAGCUUGGUCCCGAUUGUAACCAUCUUUUGUGGAACUACAAACUCAAUCUGACCACAGAUCCCAAGUUUGAGUCGGUGGCAAUGGAAGUUUGCAAGAGCACCAUCACUGAGAUAAAGGAGUGUAAUGAGGAGGAGCGAGGCAGGGGCUACCUGGUGUCCUGUCUGGUGGAUCACCGUGGCAACAUCAGCGACUACCAGUGUAACCAGUACAUCACCAAGAUGACCAGUAUCAUCUUCAGUGACUACCGACUGAUCUGUGGCUUCAUGGUCAAAUGUAAAGAAGACAUCAAUAACUUGCACUGUGGCAGCAUCAAUGUAGGACACAAGGACGUGCACUCUCAGGGUGAAGUGAUUGCCUGUCUGGAGAAGGCGAUGGUGCGAGAGGCAGAGCAGCAGGAUCAGGGUCAUCCAAUCAAAGAGGUGUGUCAGAGGGCAAUCCUGCGGGUGGCCGAGCUGUCGUCGGACGACUUCCACCUCGACCGGCAUCUUUACUUCUCCUGCCGAGACGACAGAGAGAGAUUCUGCCAGAAUGUUCAGGCAUCAGAAGGCAAAGUCUACAAGUGUCUGUUCAAUCACAAGUUUGAAGAGGCCAUGUCAGAGAAGUGUCGCGACGCUCUCACAACCCGUCAGAAGCUCAUCUCUCAGGACUACAGAGUCAGUUACUCCCUGGCUAAAGCCUGCAAACUGGACCUGAGGAAGCAUCGCUGCAGCCUGGACACCAACCUGCCGCGGGCCCGCGAGGCUCGGCUGUCGUACCUGUUGCUCUGCCUGGAGGCUGCUGUGCACCGUGGUCGUCCAGUCAGCGGCGAGUGUCAGGGCGAGAUGCUGGAUUACCGGCGGAUGCUGAUGGAGGAUUUCUCUCUGAGUCCAGAGAUUGUGCUUCACUGUCGGACGGAGAUCGAGGCUCACUGCUCCGGUCUGCACCGUAAAGGCCGCACGCUUCAUUGCUUGAUGAGAAUCGGACGCGGCGACCACAGCACUGCCGUGGACAGCGUCUGUCAAAGCGCACUGAAGACUUUGAUCCAGUCUGCUGACCCCGGAGCCGACUACAGGAUUGACCGUGCGCUCAACGAAGCCUGUGAGUCCGUGAUCCAGACCGCCUGUAAACACAUCCGCACCGGAGACCCAAUGAUCUUGUCAUGUCUGAUGGAGCAUCUGUACACAGACAAGAUGGUGGAGGACUGUGAGCAUCGACUGCUGGAGCUGCAGUAUUUCAUAUCGAGAGACUGGAAACUGGACCCCAUCCUGUACAAGAAGUGUCAGGGCGACGCUGCUCGGCUCUGCCACACCCACAGCUGGAAUGAGACCAGUGAGCUGAUGCCUCCGGGCGCAGUAUUUUCCUGCCUCUACCGUCACGCCUAUCGCACUGAGGAGCAGGGACGCCGGGUAAAGCCAGAGGAACCGUUAUCGCGAGAGUGUAAGGUGGAGGUUCAGAGGAUUCUCCACCAGAGGGCGCUGGAUGUGAAGUUGGACCCCGAGCUUCAGAAACGCUGUAUGACCGACCUCGGCAAGUGGUGCAGCGAGAAGACGGACACGGGACAGGAGCUGGAGUGUCUGCAGGACCAUCUGGAGGACCUGGUGUCUGCCUGCAGGGACGUCGUUGGCAACCUGACAGAGCUGGAGUCAGAGGACAUCCAAAUCGAUGCUCUGCUCAUCAGAGCCUGUGAGCCCAUCAUCCAGACCCACUGUCAUGAUGUAGCCGAUAACCAGAUCGAUACCGGCGAUCUGUUGGAGUGUCUGGUUCAGAAUAAGCACCAGAAAGAGAUGAAUGACAAGUGCUUAGUCGGUGUUACACACUUCCAGCUGAUUCAAAUGAAGGAUUUCAGAUUCUCCUAUAAAUUUAAGAUGUCCUGUAAGGAGGACGUUUUGCGCUUGUGUCCAAACAUUAAGAAAAAGGUGGACGUGGUCAUCUGCCUCAGCACCACGGUGAGGAACGACACGCUGCAGGACGCCAGGGAGCAGCGGGUUUCUCUGAAGUGUCGUAAACAGCUAAGGGUGGAGGAGCUGGAGAUGUCUGAGGACAUUCGCUUGGACCCAGAGUUGUAUGAGCCGUGUAGAUCUGACAUCAGUCGCUUUUGUCCCAACAUGAACUUUGGUAACGCUCAGAUGAUCGAGUGUCUGAAGGACCAGAAGAAGCAGCUCAGUCAGCGUUGUCACCAGCGGAUCUUCAGGCUUCAGGAGGGAGAGAUGAACGAUCCGGAGCUCGACUACCAGCUCAUGAGAGUCUGCAAGCAGAUGAUUAAGCGCUUCUGCACCGAGGCGGACGCCCGGAACGUUCUUCAGUGUCUGAAACAGAACAAAAACAGUGAGCUGAUGGACCCCAAGUGUAAACAGAUGAUCACUAAGAGACAGAUCACACAGAACACAGACUUCAGGUUGAACCCGGUGCUGAGAAAAGCCUGUCGAGCCGACAUCCCCAAGUUCUGCCAGUCCAUCCUGAACAAGGCGAGUGAGGACACUGAACUGGAGGGUCAGGUCAUCGCCUGCCUCAAACUCAAAUACGCUGACCAGAGAUUGUCUCCAGACUGUGAAGACCAGAUCAGAGUGAUUCUCCAGGAGUCGGCGUUGGACUACAGACUGGACCCUCAGCUGCAGAUGCACUGCUCAGACGAGAUCUCUAAGUUAUGUGUGGAGGAGGCAGCAGCUCAGGAGCAGACCGGGCAGGUGGAAGAGUGUCUUAAAGUCAACCUGCUGAAAAUCAAACAGGACGUCUGUAAAAAGGAAGUCCUGAAUAUGCUGAAGGAGAGUAAGGCGGACAUCUUUGUGGACCCGGUCCUUCACACCGCCUGUGCUCUGGACCUCAAACACCACUGUGCUGCUAUCACACCUGGCAGAGGGCGACAGAUGUCGUGUCUGAUGGAGGCGUUGCAGGACAAGAGAGUUCGUUUGCAGCCGGAGUGUAAGAAAAGACUUCAAGACCGCAUCGACAUGUGGAGCUAUGCCGCAAAGGUGGCGCCAGCAGAAGGCUUCUCAGACCUGGCUGUGCAGGUGAUGACAUCGCCCUCAAAGAACUACAUCCUGCUCAUGAUUGCGCUGAGCGUGUGCAUCCUCUUCAUGGUGGGGCUGCUGUGCGGUCGCAUCACCAAGCGAGUGACGAGAGAACUGAAGGACCGGUAGAGGGCGAGCGUCUGACGCUUCAGUAAAGACUCGCAUCGUCCCGUUUCUUCCUCUUCCUCCUCCUCCUCCUCCUCUUCUUCUUGGCCUUUUCUCAGAUGCUCAGUCUGUAACCAGCCAAACCUGCACAGUGCCAACACCAGUGCCCACAUCUGGAUCCCCUCCUUGGUUUGAAGCUGUUCGGCCGCUGCCGCAUAUUUAUAUCGAAUGCAGAGCAUUUUUUCUCGUGGAAACUGUUCGAUCGUCGCCACAAAUCAAGAAAGCACUGAUUGUUUAAUUUAUGAUCCUGCUCCUCACAUACAAAUCUACUUCUCCAGAGGACGUCAGCAACAUUUCUGAGGGCUGUUCCUGAUGUUCGGACAGCUUAGUGGAGCGUGAGUGACCGCGGCUGCCUGAAUCGCACAUGAAAAGAGUUCUGAAACAUUCCUGUUUCUUUCAAAAAGCCUCUCGUCAUCAGUCAUGAAGUCCUGUCCUCUUCGCUCCUUGUGAAGGUCAGGCUGGUCGCCAUCUUCAGGAACGUUGUGUGUGCAUGUUUCCUUUUGGAUCGUCAUUAAAAUGUGAAUUAAUUCAUUGCAGUUCUUUAUAUGUUAUGCCUUAUUUAUUGUCGAUUGACUGAUUUUGAUUUCAGAUAAAUCAUAAAGAAACGGAAUGUUUCAUGCGAGUGUUGGGAGACUUGAACGUUCAGAUUACAGCACUGGAGGGUAAAGGGGGAAGUUCCUUCAGGUUCUGGAUUGUUUUAUUUUUGACAAUGACCUGUUGAGCCUUUAUUUCUAUUGGGUUUAAAAAACUAAUCCCGUGACAUAACAUGCAAAGGCCUGGUUUUCUUUGUUCUGUGAGAGAUCAAAGUCGUGAUGACCAACACAGAGAGUAAUGAAAGAAAAACUGAGGAUUGUCUUUGCACAAGAUGUUCUAUUCUAACACAUUUCCAAUAACGUGUGUAGUAGUACUAUGCUAUAGCUGUGCCACCAUUAUAAAACCUGCCCCAAGCUGCUAAUGCAUCCAGACGGUUUGGCCUCUACUCUGCAGGGCUUUGUUCUUAAUUAGGAAAAUCCAUGAAAUGGUCAAAACAAACUUUACAACUGUAAAGAGACUUAAAAGAGUGGUGGAUGUCCAUCAUGAUCUUUCUACUACUGUUGAGACGCCUGGAAUUUUACAUUAAUUGAUGUUUUUUGAUAAAGAGUAUUUAAAUAGUUUUGAUGUUUAUUUGGCUUUGGAAAAGCCAACAGAAGACAAGAGCCACGGUAACGUGCGUGUCCCCCCUCAGUGCUCACAUUGCCAAAAUGUGACUCCUCUGUAACCACAGCUUGUUGUUUGUUUGUUUGUAUUUAACAAAUCAGAUAUUAUUAUUAUUACUGUUAUUGUUAAAUAUGAGCAUGGCAGGUGUCGGUACAUACAAACACUGCUGGGCUCUUCCCCCGUUGUUUCCUGUCCUUGUGUUAAGCUUGGACUGGAGUAAGUUGAGCUUUGGAAACACAAUGGAAAAAAAAUAAAUCCCUAUUGUGAAGUCGAGACAAACUGGAUUGACUG